AUGUCUCAAUCGGACGCAGAAUCCUCAUCGUAUGAAGCUCAGAAUGAGCUCAUUGCGGAUCCUGGUUACGAGUCCAGCACCGGAGAACGCGACAAUCCCUCUUGUGCUCAUUUCCGUCGCUUCGAACCUGUCAGGAGGACCAUAAAACCGAGGCUAGUGCAUGAAACCCGUGACAGUCGCGCGAUAUGCCGUAUCAUGUCGUCUCUGGACUGGGAUCCCGAGGUCAUUGGGUACAUCUUCGGUAUUUCGAGUUCUACGGUGGUUCGCGCCGUGGAAAACGUCUUUUAUACGCCGCGCGAUCGCGUGGAGGAAGACUUCGAUCGGGUCGGUGAAGAGUACCAGACACACGCACCGCGGCCGCCAGCGGACCAGAUGGAGCGAUUGAGGGCCAUCAAGAAUGCAAACAGGGACGAGGAAGAGGAAGAGCCUGUGGUAGUUCCACUCCGCACAAAACGCACCGUCACUUUCUCCUCCCGACCCGCCAAUGUGGAAGGAGACCUGGCUUCGGUUCGAAAACGGUUUAAGCCCACUCCAGUCGCUAGCUCGGAUUCAUGUUCAGAGCAGCAUACCAGUUCUUCCUCACGCCAGAAUAGCGGUUUCUACGGCGCAUCGACAGGCACGGUAUUCACGUCAGCUUCGCAGAGAGCGGAUAGUCGCGAGUCCUUUCUUAGCUCUCUGUCAUCCUCGCCAUCCAUCACACCUCCUAUCUGGACGCAAAUGACUCGCGAUCAUCCUCCAGUUACGUUUUCCCCUGAAUUGCUCCCACCGCUCGAGGGCUUCGAUCCUCGAAAGCACGUCGAAGUCUUCCACUCGAAGGGCCUUACAUCAGCUCAUCGGCUCCGUACUUUGGCCCUCUGGCCUCGGGAUAUGAUCCAGGAGACGGUAAAGCGCAUGUUUCUCGGUGCGCAGGGAAUGUCGGCCAUGGACAUAAUUUCGUUCGAGAUAGCCUUGGGCCAGAUGAAAAAAAAAUCUUCCGCCGCAGAGCAGUCUGCUAUCUUAGCGUCCUCGCGCCUCUCCUCUUCCCCGCCGCCAACUCUGCAUAGAUUCCUGUUGAAUGUGAUGGGGCUGGAUCUCUCGUUGCACCAGAACCUCCUGAUAGCCCAAGGCAUCGACAUACAAACGCUUUGCAAGAUGACUGAAUGGGAUCCGGAGAGCUUGCGCGAUGCCCUCGAGCGAAUGCUGGGCGAAGGAGGGAGCUUGCUUGCGGAAGGACAGGUAGGUAUGGUUGGCUUUGAAGUUCUGGCGUUGGAAUGGGAGUUGAGGAGAACAAAAUUGAAAUGAUUCAUAAACAUGUACCCAGUGCCUAUACAUUUGACGAGGAUGAAAUACGCAGGAUCGAAAGAAAUUUCAGGGUGUGAUACAAUACAAUGCAAAAUGUGAUUGGAGUGGGAUUCGAACCCACGCCCUUUCGGACUAGAUUGCAUGUUGUCACACAAAUUGUUCUCCUGAGGAGAUAAUCCUUAGUCUAGCGCCUUAGACCGCUCGGCCAUCCAACCCUGGCACGGGGAAUCUGGGUACCGUUCAGCAUGCGCAGGCAAGCAGAUCUUUACAAUAUUUACAGACGUGAACGAUCUCACUCUUGGACCCACUUCCUAUGACUGCCUUGAGGAUGAUCCUGGCUAAUCUCAUUCGAUCUACAUCAUUCAUCAAUCCCCGAUCAAUCCUGUCAUCAUUGUUGUUGAUGAUUUGGUUAGCUUCCUGUGAAUUGUCCGCCAAGACCGAUUUUGGCCAACAGUCCUCGAGCAGCAGCUCGUCGACACACAUCUCUGCUUCCUCAAUACGAAAGGGACCAAAACGAUCCCUUCCACAUUGCUGCUAUCUAAUAGCUUCUCUGCACGCUCAACAGGUCAAAGUGUUACGUGCCUUGAUGCGCUUUGACGCGCUUUUGUCUUGCCGAGCGCGCUUUGGCGGAUCGUCGAGAACAAAGCAAGGGCGUGGGUAUAUGCAUUUAAGGCCAGAGACAACAAUGUCGUCUGCCCACGGCUUGCCUCACCCCACCACCGCUCGAUUACCCAUCCCACAGCGAUGUCUGACUCCCAAUCUGGAUUCUCUAACGACGCGCACGAUGAACAGCCAAAGUCCUGCUGGCCUCACGUUUUCUUGGGCGUUGUGGCCUGCGAAGUCGGUCUUCUGCUCUACCUCUAUCCUGCCCGUCUGUUUGCGCCCACCCUUCUCACCCCGCUGGUCGUCUUCGUCACCCUCUUCUACAUGUUCC